AUGUUUCAAUAUCGAUUUUCUGCUGUUUUAAAACACUGCGAUGAGUUUUUGAAUACAUCUGGGGGUGAUGAGUGGAAAACGAGAUGCGAGCAUACAAAGAAGCUUGAAACAGAAUUUAUAGAACGCGAGCCCGCGGUUGAUAGAGUUGUGGAUGAAUUCGUUAUCAAUUUGAAUCAAACUAACAGUGAUAGUGAUUUUUUGGAAACUGAAGAUGAAGACUCAGAAGGAGAAGAGUCUAGCAGAAUUUUGGGUGUAGAAUCAGUAGGAGACUCUAUAGUGUAUGAAACCAAUUCUGAUAAGACGUACAUCAAUCUUUGA